AUGCCCUAAUCCUCUCUUCAUCUGGAGUUUGCCGACCAUCCGAUUAAAAACAAAAUCGAUGUUGGAUUUCCAUUUCGUUUUCCCCAAAAUUGAGAGGCGUUUUCACAUUCAUGAGUGUUCCCUCGUUUCCGCCUAGAGAAUGCCCUAAUCCUAUCUUCAUCUGGAGUUUCCCGGCCAUCCGAUUUUAGGUGUAAACAGUGGAGUUUUUCAUCUCUGUCAAUCCAUUGGUGUCGACGAUCACCACCGGAUUUGGGUUCUACACAGGAUGAAGCCAAGGCACCACAACCAGAGAGUGUGUUGAACAUCAGAUAUGGAAUUGCUGGUAAUAGAACAAUCGGAGCUCAUACGCCUGUCACUGUGGAACCUGCUGGAUCUGAGGGUUCUACACAGGAUUUAAUCUUCAGGAGUGCUCUUGUUUUACAGAGACCUGUGAUGGAUCCGUGCCUUGCAGUUGGUUUUCUUCCUCUUUCUUUAGGAGGCCUUAGAGUUGGGUAGCUAGUAACCAUGAAAUGGAGAGUUGAAAGGUUGAAGGAUUUUGAUGAGAAUGCAGUUUCUCAAAACAAUGUGCCCGUUCUUCCAAGGUUGAAGCUUACAACAAUCAUUUCAUUCUUCUAUGGCCACUACGGAGGUGAUGAAAUCUUGGAGAAGUACUAUGCAGCAGAAUGCGCAAUAAAUUCAUAUCAAAAAGGCAUUCAGCAGCAGCUUGGCAUCAUGCAUGGUCUGAUCCAUAGAUUGGAUGCUCGAAGAGAAAGAAAUGUACAUUUCCCUACUACUGGUCACUCGGGCUAUGCAGCAGAUGACUUUCCUGAGGCCGAGCAUGAUUCACCCUAUGCCCCAUAUGACAUGCCAUUCCAUCACACUGAAGAAGUACCAGACACUCCUAUUCGGCAUCCACCUAUUAUUGGGGCUCGUAUGGAGGAGCUUGCUGUUGUCAGCGAUUUUGUUUGUGUUGCAAAACUGGGACAUAUAUAUUUUGUAUUAGUAUAUGUAUAUUCAGAGUAG